GGCUUCCCCGGGCUGGGGAAUGCUCUUGUGUUCAUUGGUACUGCUUAGCCCCUCCCAGUUGGACCAGCGGGUAACAAAAUGGGAAUUAGACGCUUAAAGUUAGUCCAGACCUUAGCGGAGAUGCAGAUGUCUCCACUUAGCCUUUCUAUUUUUGUACCAGCUCUGCCGAAGUGCCAUCAUAUUGUUGUCACGCCGAGGAGAGAACUUGUUGAAGAAGUAGUUUUCUACCUUAAGGAAGAGCUGCAAUAUUUAGCAAAUGCUGCAGAGCUGGAAGAACAGCUUCAUGGAAAUGGAGUUUCUCUUUCAGUAAGGAAGUCAAAAGCAUUUCGCUCUAGUACAGCUUGGGGAAAUAUUUUUAUGAUAGGAAGCUAUUUUUUCCCCAAACAGCAAAUGAGCAGAAGUUCAGGUGGUUUGUUCUUUUAUUGACUGGUUUUUGAGUUACACUGAGACUGUCUCACAAUGUCAGCAGUGCUAAUUGAAUUGGAUAAACUUCCUUCAGAUGAAAUUGACAGCAAAGAGGAUUCCAAGUCAGACUUCAAGGAAGGCAAAUUGAGUGAUUUCUGUGCUGAUUAUUGUGGUUUUCAACUUCACUGCUCGCAUUCUGCACCAGCUGGUAUGAAUACCAGCAAGAGUGAGACAGUGAAAGAACAUCCCUUACAACCCUCUAGAAGGUCUCUGCCAUGCUUAGCUCAGAGCCAAACUCAUCCUCAGAGUCUGAGCAAGCAUUCUUCAUUUCUGCAGCCAAAUCGUGUGCAGCCACAGCCUCGGCCUCAGCCCCUAAGUGCAGGGACAUCUACAGCUACAGUGGAUGUAGUGUCAGAACGAGCUAAAGUGAUGGAGACUUUGGAAAACAAUUUGAUCAAGCUGUCUAAUACUGAAUACAACGAUCCAUUUUUAGAUGUAGGAAAGGACAAAGACACAUACACAGAUGAUUCAGAGCAUGGGAAUUAUGAUGUUCGUACAGAUCAGUCAUUGCUCAUUCAAAACAAGCUUGCCAGACAGAAAACAGAACCUCGGACUAAAUCAUCUUUAAAGACUGAUGCAAUGGCAUCAUCAGGCCUCUUCUUCAAAGAUGGAAAAAAGCGCAUUGAUUACAUCUUGGUCUACAAAAAGUCAAGUCUACAGGUAGAAAAAAGAAGCACAUUUGAGAAGAAUUUGAGAGCAGAAGGGCUGAUGUUAGAACGAGAGCCAGCCGUUACAAACAGUGAUAUCAUGUUUGUUAAAAUUCACUGUCCAUGGGAGACUUUGUGCAAAUAUGCAGAAAGAAUGAACAUCAGGAUGCCUUUCAGGAAAAAAUGUUAUUACACUGACUGGAGGAGCAAAACCAUGGGCAGUUUGCAGAGGAAUAUGAGAGAGCUGAAAAGCUGGCUGCCCAGAAAUCCAAUGAAGCUUGAUAAGGAGGCCCUACCUGAUCUCGAAGAGACGGACUGCUACACAGCACCCUUCAGCCGUGCACGCAUACACCAUUUUACAAUAAACAAUAAAGACAGCUUCUUCAGCAACUCCACGAGGAGUAGAAUUGUGCAUCACAUGCUACAGAGAACGAAGUAUGAAGAUGGAAAAUCUAAAAUGGGUAUUAAUAGAUUACUAAAUAAUGGAACUUAUGAAGCAGCAUUUCCACCACAUGAGGGAAGCCACAAAAGCAGACAUCCCAUCAAAACACAUGGAGCUCAGAAUCACAGACACCUUUUAUACGAGCGUUGGGCACGGUGGGGAAUGUGGUACAAAUACCAACCUCUUGAUUUAAUCAGGCGAUAUUUUGGUGAAAAAAUUGGACUGUAUUUUGCCUGGUUGGGAUGGUAUACUGGAAUGCUGAUUCCUGCUGCCCUGGUUGGGCUCUUUGUUUUCCUCUACGGAUUAUUUACAAUGGAUUCCAGCCAAGUAAGCAAAGAGAUCUGCGAGGCAAAUGAAACCAUCAUGUGCCCUAUGUGUGAACGCAAUUGCACGCUACAAAAACUCAAUGAAAGCUGCAUAUACGCCAAGGUUACGCAUUUGUUUGAUAAUGGAGGGACUGUCUUCUUUGCUAUUUUCAUGGCAAUCUGGGCUACAGUCUUUCUAGAGUUUUGGAAAAGAAGGAGAGCUGUAUUAACCUAUGAUUGGGACCUCAUAGACUGGGAAGAUGAAGAGGAAGAACUGCGCCCCCAGUUUGAAGCCAAAUAUUCCCAGGUGGAAAGAGUAAAUCCCAUCACAGGAAAACCUGAACCUUUUCAGCCUUUCCCUGAUAAGCUCAGUCGACUGAUGGUAUCUGUCUCAGGAAUAUUCUUCAUGAUUUCACUGGUCCUCACUGCAGUGUUUGCAGUUGUUGUGUACCGUCUGGUAGCCAUGGAACAAUUUGCUUCCUUCAAGUGGUAUUUCAUCAAGAAGUAUUGGCAGUUUGCAACAUCUGGCACUGGAGUCUGUAUCAAUUUUAUGAUCAUCAUGUCACUCAAUGUUGUGUACGAGAAGGUUGCCUAUCUCCUGACAGAUUUAGAGCACCCAAGAACAGAAUCGGAAUGGGAAAACAGCUUUGCCUUGAAAAUGUUCCUCUUCCAGUUUGUCAACUUGAACAGUUCUAUCUUUUACAUUGCUUUUUUUCUGGGCAGAUUUGCAGGCCGCCCAGGAAAGUACAACAAGCUUUUUAACAGAUGGAGACUGGAAGAGUGUCACCCCAGUGGCUGCUUGAUAGAUCUGUGUCUGCAGAUGGGAGUUAUUAUGGUUUUAAAACAAAUGUGGAACAAUUUCAUGGAGCUAGGCUAUCCUUUAUUACAGAAUUGGUGGUCACGACGCAAAAUGAAGAGAAGAGGACAAUCUAUGGAGCAUAAAAUUUCUCUACCUCAGUGGGAGAAAGAUUGGAAUCUGCAGCCUAUGAAUCUCCAUGGCUUAAUGGAUGAAUACUUGGAGAUGGUUUUACAGUUCGGCUUCACCACUAUCUUUGUUGCUGCCUUCCCACUGGCACCUCUCCUGGCAUUGCUGAACAAUAUCAUAGAAAUAAGGUUAGAUGCAUACAAGUUCGUCACUCAGUGGAGAAGACCUAUGCCUGCAAGAGCAACAGAUAUAGGUAUCUGGUAUGGGAUUCUUGAAGGAAUUGGAGUUCUGGCUGUCAUCACUAAUGCCUUUGUUAUUGCCAUUACUUCCGAUUACAUUCCACGUUUUGUCUAUGCAUACAAAUAUGGUCCCUGUACAGAUCAAGGAUACAGACAAGAAAAAUGCUUAAAAGGAUAUGUCAACAGCAGCUUAUCAGUAUUUGAUUUGAGUGAACUUGGAAUGGGAUACUCGGGAUACUGCCGGUAUAGAGAUUACAGAGCCCCGCCAUGGAGUUCAACUCCAUAUGAAUUCACUUUGCAGUUCUGGCAUGUCCUGGCAGCACGGCUGGCCUUCAUUAUAGUUUUUGAGCACCUUGUUUUUGGAAUCAAGUCUUUCAUUGCUUACCUGAUUCCAGACAUGCCCAAAGAUUUGUGCGACAGAAUGAGGAGAGAGAAAUACUUAGUCCAGGAAAUGAUGUAUGAGGCUGAACUAGAGCACUUGCAGAAAGAAAGAAAAAAGAAUGGGAAACAGUAUCACCAUGAAUGGCCUUAGUCAAUACCAUGCUGCAACAAUAACGCUGUUUGGAAGUUCAAGAGUGCAGUUUCAAAAUGAAGUCAGUCUGUCAUCAGUGUAAGAGAUUGGCAAUGUAUAUAUGUUCCUGCUGGGCUAUACAGUUGCAGGCUUUGGUAGGAAGUGGAAAACAGGUGCUUCCGAUGAAGAAAAUGAAGAGCCUUACCAGUAACCGGUCUGUGGGGAGCACCAAGUACUGGCACUCAGGAAUGUGCAGAUGUAUUACAAAUUUGCAUACUGAUUUGUAAAAAGGCAAUGAACAUUCGUGCUGUUCGUGAAGGUACUAACAGCGUCAUGAAAACAAAAACUUGCCUGUAAACUUAUACAGUAUGGGCAUGACAAAAACAAAUUACAUGAUAUCCACUACAGCUUCUGAUUGCUCAGCUGCAUCUGUAAUGCCUCUGAAGAAAAAAACAAACAAUUGUUGCCUUUGUGGCCAUAAAUGAGCUUUCAGGCUUACUGUUUUGUCAGGUUUGUCCUAGUCUCUUGUUGAGAUUGUGGAUGUGGUCCUACCCUAGAAAAGGGGUAUAUGGCUGCUUAAUAUAUACUAUGCAGUUUAAGAUUUGCACAUCAGUGUCAUUAAUUUAUCCUUCUAGUUGAAAACCAAAAAAUCUAAAUUCAAAGAGAAAGCAGCACUAAGAGAACACAUUGCAUUGCCCACACUGCAGCUGUAUUUGAAAAUGACAUGGCUGUGAGUUGUCUUUCCACUUUUAUGUGCAGAAAGGCCACCUCCACACACAUCCAGGAUGAAAGGACUGUCAUUUCCAUGCUCUGAUGUAGCAUGCAGAUGUCCAACUGUGUUACUGUUCUCUUUGACCUGUCUGAGCAGUGAUUCCGUGACUUCACAGAAUGCUAACUUGAAAUAUUCUAAUACAGUGCAAAUGACUUUGUUCUGAAUAUACAAUUAACUAUUUAUAGUAUGCAAGCUUAUGCAGAUAUAUAUCAGACAUACAGUAUAACAUUUCGACUUGCUUGUUCAGGGAAGGAGAAGCAGAGCACCUUAUAACAAUGCUCUUCUUAUUGUAAUAGUAAAUGUUCCAGUAAUGUGCACUUCUUUUAUUGGGCUAAAUAAGUCAAAGCAUGGGAAUUAGAUGCAGGCAGAUAUGUAUACAGAUUGUAUAUAAAAGCACACACACACAGUGGUUACUUUUAGAUUUUUUAUUAUUAUUUGUAUGCCUUCUUACAGUUUUGGGGGCCUUUUUGGAUAAAAUCACUCUAAAAAGUAGAUGUUCAUAUAUAAAGAAUCACAUUUCAUUUGUUACGUGCAUACAGUAUGGGGUAGUGUUGCUUAUGGUCAUAGUCACAUUUUGGUGAUGAAACUGUCUAUUAGGGUUUCAUAAUUUGGGAAUAGAUAAGCACUUAAUUUGAAAUAUUAAAACAAGCGGGCAGUGUUCACUUGCAGAGAAGGGAGUGGGGAAACCAAGUUACAGUCAUUCUGUUUAUCUUCUACAAUUUUAAUAAUUGUUCCUUAUACUGGAUGAGAAAAAAAUUAAAGCCAACAAAAGCACAUGAACUUUAAAGGCGGCAAGUUUUAACAUUAUUUUAGGGAUAGAGCUGCAAUGAAAUCACUGCUGACAGAUAUGAAAAGACAUGGCAUUUUACUCAUUAAAAUAGCACAUUGAACCAAAAAGUAUGAUUCCAGUAUUCAGUUGCAUAGAUUAGAACAAUCACUUUUUUUUUUGUAUUAUGCCAUAUAAAAUUAAUUUUAAGAGUCAAGAGCCCAUCAAAGUAGAUGAGUAGUAUCUGCCAGCAGACCUAGCAUCAUACCUUAAGUUCUUUACUUGUUUCACCAUAUUCAUGAAAUUCUGUGGUUAAUUCCAGCUCUCUGUGACCAGACAAGGCAACUAUAGGAGUAUCUGCACUAUUACACAAAGGAGGAAGGAGAUUGGAAGGUAUGAUCUAAUCAGUUGUAUUAGCCAUUAGAUCUAUGAUAAUGGGCUGAUGGAACUCAGCUUUCCAUAUUUUGGAAAGGCUUUUUUUUUCUUCGUAUUUUGGGUUGCACAUUAAGUUCCUCAGGAGUCCUUAUCAGAAAUAACAGCACUCUCCUCAGUGCUCAUAGAUUCUUGCUAUUUAAGUUAAUUUAUUCUCUCACUGUUUCACACUGUGGAAUAUCAAGCACCACUUGACAGCAUUAACCAGGUGUCACAGGUCCCAUUUUUGUGCCAGGUAGUGAUAGUACUUCAGUUCUUCAGAAGGUCACAGAUGAGCUCUCUUUUUAAUGUUUUCUCUAAAAACAAAAUGCCUUGGCUGGCCCAAGGUAUAAAGAUUUAGAAUAAAAUUUGGCAAAAAUCAGAAAUAUUGAUUAUUUUAUACUUUUCUUGUUUCUGAUGUCGAUAUUGCCACAUGUGAAAAUAUACUUAGGCAAAUUCCAACUGAAUUUCCAAGUGCAUAUGAAAGAAAGAUGUUUUGUAUUUGAGUAUGAUUUUGGAUUUAAAUAUAUAUAUAUAUUCUUAAUGAUUUUCAGCACUGGUGUACAGAAAUAUAUCAAAGGCAAGUAUGUAGAUCUGACAUAGUGCCGUUUAUGCACUGGAAAAGCACAAGAAAUUUUGGAGAAUCACUGUGUGUGUUCCUUUGUUUCUGAAGGACAUGAACAAUGUCUGAAGGUUUUGCCACUACUAGCCAUUUGCUUAAGCUGAGAACUUUUUGCUAGACUUCGUUUAGUAUGCUGUUUGCAUAGACUGCACGUUAUUUUACUGAAGUAUAAGGCACACACUGUCCUCAGGAAUAAUGUAUUUUAUGAAUGGUGAAUGAUCUUUUCGUAUUCUAAGUAUUGUCUUUCCAAAAAAAAAAAAAAAAUGACCAGUAUGAAUAGACUGUGCAUGCAAGCUGCAUUUGUGAAAUCUGACAAAGCUUUAGAACUUCAAUUUGUGCAAAAAUGCUUUAGAUCAUUGCUGAUCUAAUCUAUGACAACUUUGCUCUAUGCAUGCGCCCUUACAGAGACUGCAUGAGCAACUAGGUAUUUUUAAAUACAAAGAAUUAGUCCAAAAUGUCUUAAUGAUUCCUAACCCAAAUCAGUGUUUUGAUUCAGUCAAAAGAAAUUUUCAUUUCAGAAAUGAAAAAAUCCACGUACAUUAUACACGUUUCUAUUUACUUCUCAUUCUAAAUUUGUGCUCAAUGUGUGGGAUCUGAAUUUUGGUUAAUAAAAAUGAAAACAAAAAUAUGCGUGGAAUGGAAAUGCAUCCAAAGAGUUCUGUUUCACUGGCCUUCCUAAUGAGAAAUUCCUUCUUAGGGCUCAGCGUCCCUCUCCAUAGAGAGGGAUUCACCCACCGCUCAGUAUUCACAGCUGAGUGCCAGCAAGGUUGCCUGCAGUUUGAGCAAAGGCUCUCUGUUUGUUAUGCUGUCAUCUAAUCUCCUUACCAAAAAGACAAUGCAGUGACUGGGUGUCCUGAUAGAGUACUAAUAUCUGGAAACAAAGCAGACCACGCAAUGACUAUUUUUUAUUAUUUUUUUUUAAUCUUUUCUUUCCAAUCCACUUUAUAUUUAAGGGUUUAUAGAGGAAAUUUAGCUGAACUUUUAAGUUGGUAUUGGUGAUGACAAGGCUAAAAUUUUGAGUGUGAUGAUGGACGAUAAGUGGUUUGUGGGUUUGGGUUUUUUAGACGUUUCUUUAGAAGUACAUAUCUUCAGACCUACAAAACAGACGCAUCAGCUAUGCCCUUUUCUGACAGCAACUUGUCUUGAAUUAUGUUCUGAGGAUCUCAUUUAAGCUUCAUAGUGAUCUAAAGAAAACUCAGAAGAAAAAUAUCUGGAGGGUCUAGUCGGAAGUAGGUUAAUAGGUACUUACCUUAAUGCAACAAUUCAUUAAUUUCCUGAAGUUUUUUUCAUCAGAAGUUCUACAGGAGGAAAAACAUCUUGGGAAACACAGCUUUAGGGUGAGUGUUAAUAAGGAGAAAGGUAAAAAUUAGUGUUUGUUUUUUUUUUUCUUACUUUAUUAAGAUGACCAGUCUAAUAUAAGUAGUACACAUCUGCAGUUUCCUUCACAGCUUCAAACUCCAAAUACAAGUGCUGCCAGAGAGAACUGCUGGAGCUAUGGAGUCUGGUGACACUACUUCUGAGGUCCCGUGUGACAUCAUGGGGCUUAUUAAUCUUUGAAUUUACACAGGGGCAAAUCAGUACAUCCUUAUUUAGAAGCAUCAUACAAUUCUGAUUGACUGAGAAUGAUCCUUGUCCAUCAGAAGGAAAAAAAUCGAGCUGUUUUCACAUAGUUAACUUGAAUGCAUCACAAAUUUUCAUUGAAACUAUUACAAACUAGGUUUCUUUUAUACACUGAGCAAUGGUUAAGUAAAUCAAACUUGCUUUGUACGGACAGCUAAAUAUGAAGGCAGUAAAGUUAAUGGAAAAUCAAUCAAAUUGAAAUCAGUUGCAAACCUGAAUUCCUGUGGCAGAAAACGUAGCAGCUUUAAGAGCUCUCUGUUGGUACUCAACCUCCUGCCAGCAAAGCCCAACUCCUGUUAGGGUGACAUGGAACCAACCAGCAUUUUGAGGCUGGGGAUGAUCAGAGGAAGCAAAGGUCUUAUGUUCGUGAGACCAUGUUCAUGAGGAAGCAAAGGACUCAUGACACAAAGUGCUGCUACAUCUGUCCUGUCUGCCACUUUCCCAAGCACUGCAUUUUGCACUCCUGUCCCUCCCUGCACACACACGUACAUCCUGAAGACCCUACACAAUUCCGGCAUUUUUAAAUGUAAACAAAUAGUUGUAUAUGGACAAUUUUCUCUAAUUUUGACCACUAAUUCCUCUAAUUAGCAACCACAUUUACUAGAAAUUUGUAUUGGCAUGAUUCUGGCAUAGUUGUGAUAGCACAAUGUUCCCACAGCAGCACAAAUUUAUAACAGCACAACAGAGAACUCUAGAGAAAUCACUUUGCUGUUCCGUGUUAAGCAGGAACUUUUUAAAUGCGGGACUGGGAUUUUGUUUUAUAUGGUAUGUGGUUAAUGGUAUAUUCCCUCCUUGCUGCACCGGAAAUUAUCUUGUGUCAGUUCUGUUGGCUUGUUCUAACUUCUUGCCAUAACCUCUGUAAUGUUAAAUGUUCCCUGUAGUUUGCACUCUUACUGACAUGAAAUACUUGUUCUGAUGCUACUAGAUGAGAAAUUAGGAUUAAACCCAAUGCAGUCCAAAGCUAAUGAGAUUUUAAACAGUGAGAACAGUAUGGUUUUUCUGUUAAUAAUGAAAAAAAAAAAUCAGAUCACCUUUUUAUUUUGUUCUAUUUAGAUGACUGAGAAUUUUGUACUGAAAAAUUGACGAAACUGUUGACUCUAAUUUUUACCUAGAGUAGUAUCACUGAAAUUUCAGUUGUUUGAAAUGACCUCAUGUAAAAUCUAAAUACGUAACAUAGUUCAGUCAUUUUUACUCUGAUAGUCCUGGCUAACUUGCAAUAUCAUGAUCGUAAAAGAUUUCUUAAAAUGUGUAUAUAUUUGAAAUUUAUGUAAUAUUUAAAUACAACUUGGUUUCUAAGUAAAAAAUUAGAAUACAACUUCAACUAUUUUUUCUAUUCAUAAAUCCAAACUUUGUAAGUAGUAUUUAGAAUAAGAUUACCACCAAGUGUCUCAGAGAAAGUGACUUUUAUGCACUACAAGCUAGAAGUUCUUCUGUCCUCUCAGCUUUCAUUUUCUUUUGUGUUUAAGAUUACUUUCACAAGCCGAUAUGUACCCCAGAACUAAAAGAAUUCACUAAGGAAAAAGCUGUUGAUCUGAUUAACUGUUGUAAGACACUUUUGGCAUAAAUUUGUCUUUGAGAUGCUGUUUACUUUAUCAAGGUUUACAUGUACAAAUGCAACUACUUACUGUAUCAUACACAUUUGAAUAUUGCAUUUUUCAGUAAUAAACUUGGAUAUCUUUGAA